GGCGUGGUAUUAUUGCAAAAACUGCCACGAGGACGUCAAAGAUGAAAAACUUAUUAAAAAAUGCAAGUGCAAGAAUUCAGUGGCUCUUUUUAGGAAAGGUGUUAUAGCAGUUCAAGUCGUUGGUAGGGCAAAUGAUUCUCACCAAACUUUCACCUUUCCAACAUUUACUCCGCCAGAAAUACCCAAGAGGGUCAAACUCCGAGGUAUCGAUGUCUCGAAGGAGCAAGGAACAAAUACUCAGUUGCAUUCUCAAACCAGUCUUAGUAGGAACAGCGCCCUCUCUCGGCAACGGCAUGCGAAAUCAAAUUCUGCUCAUUCUCAGAACAAUACAACAACUUCUUCAACAUCACCAAAUCGUAGUGGUCGCUCAAUGAAUGUAACAUAUGCAAGUCCCGUAUCUGGCACCCAGCAGCCUUCUCGGACGGCCGCGCCCGACUUGUACUCUGGCUUACACCUUGCCUAUGAAGUAAAAAAGCUCAUGCCAACAAACCGAGGUUCUGGUGGAAAUGGUACCAACAACUCAAAUAAACCCGACCGUUCGUUUUCGGCAGGACUGGCUGAUGACCAGUCCAAAGACUUCGACAUGGAGAAGACUGACAUGAAGUACGACUCCACGGGGAUGUUCCAUUGGUGCUCUGCUCGGCCAAUUGAAGACUGUAUACUGGAUCGUAACCAAGCUGCCAUGACAGUUCUAAAUGGGCAUGUGAUCGUCUGUCUGUUCGCUGACUCAGAGUCUCCACUCAUUGGUCUGAGAAACCUCGUGAUGCCAUUACGCGCCAGUAACUUUCAUUAUCAUGAACUGAAGCAUGUGGUCAUCGUUGGAAGUGUUGAGUACCUUCGUCGAGAGUGGAAAAUGUUACAGAAUCUACCAAAAAUUACUGUUUUAAAUGGGUCACCACUUAGCCGAGCUGACCUUCGAGCUGUUAACAUUAAUUUAUGUGACAUGUGUGUGAUUCUUUCGGCUAAGAUCCCGAGCAGCGACGAUCCUACAUUAGCUGACAAAGAAGCCAUUUUAGCUUCACUGAACAUUAAAGCUAUGACAUUUGAUGACACAAUCGGAGUAUUAACCAAUAAUCCAAACAAUCAAGAGGGUUUUCCUCCACUCGGAAGUCCCGUUGCACUUCAAAGACGAGGAUCAGUGUAUGGAACAAAUGUUCCUCUUAUCACAGAACUAGUCAAUGAUUCCAACGUCCAGUUCCUUGAUCAAGAUGACGAUGACGAUCCCGAUACUGAACUCUACUUGACACAACCGUUUGCUUGCGGAACCGCUUUUGCCGUCAGUGUCCUCGAUUCACUAAUGAGCACAACUUAUUUCAAUGCCAAUGCCUUAACUCUGAUUCGCUCCCUAAUCACUGGAGGAGCAACUCCCGAGUUAGAGCUCAUCCUGGCAGAGGGCGCUGGAUUACGUGGCGGAUAUUGUACUCCUCAGACAAUAAACAACAGAGAUCGUUGCAGAGUUGGUCAGAUUUGUCUGCACGAUGGCCCUCUAGCUCAGUUUGGGGAAGGAGGCACAUACGGCGAACUAUUUGUUGCAGCAUUGAAAAAUUAUGGUAUGCUUUGUAUCGGAAUAUAUCGAUUUCGAGACACAAGUAACUCCUGUGAGGCCUCGUCCAAACGUUAUGUAAUCACUAACCCCCCGGCUGAUUUUACAUUGUUAUCUACUGACAAGGUUUAUGUCCUGCUACAGUUUGACCCAGGAAUGGAAUACAAGCCCAAUAGAGGAGAGGAGAUGAAAGAUGACCACUCCUGACUCUUACUCUGUAGCGCCUUGACAGAUGGGCCAUAUUCAUUCAUUUGAUCCCACAAGUUUUAAGGAUAAGUGAUGGUUUACCAUACGUUCCUUUGUUUCAUUGUGCCCAGUACCAAGAAUUUCCUUCGGUAUUUGGAUAUAUUUCAAACGUAUAUCAGUAUGUUCGGUAAAACACUGACAUUUGAUAUAUUUUACAAUCUAAAGUCCAUUUUUUAUAUACAUUAUAUAUCUUAUUAUAAGUAUCUUUAAACAAUUCGUAGAUUUAAAAAAUAGUAAUUUGAAUUUUCCAUUUUCCUCAUCGAUUGUAAACAUCAAUCUUUUUUUUUAUUUCUACUUAAAUCUAGCUCUGUUUCUCUGGGCACAUUUUUUUUCUUUUGUUGAAUUUACUAUGACGUACAUUUAAAUCUAUUCAAAGCUAAAAAACAAAGUUUAAUUUAUAUUCCAAAGAUAUUGCGUUAUAUUUAUACCGAGUUCUAUAAAUGUUAGGUUUAAUUGUCUUAUCACUUAUCUUUUUUAUGCACUUUAUAACAUAUUGUUGAAAGUUUCGGGGUCAAAUGUGUGAAAUGUACCUGCCCACCAAGAAAGUUUGAGAAGUUCAGUCUUCUGUACAUUCUAGAGGGAUUUUGUUUUGUACAGCUAGGAGAUAAAAAACAAAAACGAUGUGGGUGGGCAGGAGAUGCUUCGGGAUGUUGGAAGUAAAUACUCACCUGUAAAAUAAUAUCUCGAAGUAAAAACGCUCAAUCUGUCAAGGCUGCUACAGGAAACACUUUCUUCAACCAAUGUUUCUUCUACUUAUGCUGAUACAUCUCAGCACCGUAAAGUACCAUGAGAUACUCAGAGCGAUCACAGGGUGGCGCUGUUUCUCAAUAUUUUUACUGUGAUUUGUUAUAUUUGGCAAAUGACUCUCUAGUCUAGGAGUUAUAUUUGCCUUAAAUAGUUUACCCUUUGUUGCCUCUUCAUAAUAUUUAGGCAGCAGAUUGUAAUAUCUCAACGACAGAGAACAUUUUCGUUAAACUGUGUGUUUAAUUCAUUUUAACAGUUUUAAAAUCUGACAGCUGUUAAAAUACAUAUCUGAUAUGUUAUUAGUAAAAUAAUGAAAGUUGUAUAAAUUAAGUGCACACAGUUAUGCUGUUUAUAUACAAUAUUUUAUAGUUGUUAAUACACAACCACCUUGUAAGCACAGAAUGAGCUACGAAUGAUAUAUUAGGCAAAUUCGAGAAACUUAAAGUUCCACAUACGUUUCUAGUGAUUGAAAAUAAUAAAAAAUAAUGUGCUAAAAAGAGAUAAUGUCGGCACAACGAAUUUAUUUACAAAAUAAGUAACAUUUCGGGUAACUACCCUUCGUCAUACUAAAAAAGGUCCCAACACUAAAAUCCGAAAUGUUACUUUUCUGUAAAAAAAAAAAAAGUUUUUCCUACGGUGUCUCUUUUUAACACAUUAUUUUAUGGUUUUUAGGAACGUUACAUUGUUGACAAGUAUUUGCAAGAAUUUAUUGAGUACGUUGUUCAUUGUUGUGGAACUCUUUCAAAACGUAAGAGUUAAAAAAUUCUUUACUGAAAAUUAUUGUCUUAAAGCACAUGAAACAGCCAUUAAGUAUUCACUACACUGACUUAUCAAAUAUACUAAGAUUAUAUUAAGAGUGGUUUCAAUGAUGAUUAACAAAUCACUCAACAACAUUAAACAUGAAAUUGUAAUGAUUUUCGUAUAUGUAAUGGAAAAUUUACUGCUUAAUGAUAGAUCAAAGAAUUCUUCAGGUAUCUGUUGUUGUUGUUGUUUUUUCUGGUCUUUAUGGUUUGAUCUUAUUUCAAUUCGACUGCCUGUGAUUUGUCUUUUAUUAAAUAUCAGUCAUUAUCAAAUAAAAGCCGGUUAUUACAGAAUAAUUUUGAAUCAAAAUCAUACUUGGAUUUAUUUAGAAAACUUACAACCCUGUUUAUUCAUGUUUGUAUGGUAAGGGAGUUGACUACUCAGAUCACGUGCUUUAAAUAAUUACUGUUAGUGCCAUGGUAGCAGUUUAGUGACUAAGUUAAUCUAUACAUAGUUAUUGUAAAAAUUUGUCUUUGCAUUUUUGAAACUGCCUGGUCGCUUUUAAUGUAGGUUGAUUAUUUCUUUGUAAUCAACUGAAUUUAGAAACACCAUAUUAAUGUUUAAACUCAUUGUACAGCUUGCUGGUUUAUAGAAAAUUCGUCUAAAUCCAGAAUAAAUUAUUUGAAAUAUCAAAAUAUUUUACUAGCAUUGAAAAUAAUGCACAUGCAGGUAAAAAAAAAAAAAGACAAUCCUUUAAUAACCUUUUAAUAACAACUCUGUUGAAUCUUGAGCAACCAAAUGAUUGUGUUUGUGGUGUAACGGUAAUCAUUUCGUGCCACUCGUAGGAAACCACAUUCUCAUAAAAGCCUAAAAAUGAAAUACUUGAACAGAAACGUUUGAAUAUAACAUGCUUUUAAACUCAUAUUAUAGAUUAAAAUAUGACAUUUUUACUAUUUGUGGACAUUUACAAUAGUUUUUAUUUUACAUAUGUUUGUUUUAACUAUAAAACAAAAACUGCUGCAAAUGUUCAGAAAUGAAUACAAAUAAUCUAUAAGUAUAAACACGUGAUGUUUCACUUAAAAGUCGUAUUAAAUCAAUAAAAAGUUUCACAUUUCUAUCGUCUCAGACUAUCAAACUUGUAAUAUUUAGUGAUUUUUCGUUGCGCAAAAUGGUGUAACGUUUAUCUUGAAGCUAUACAUUCUAAGUAUUCUUGUAUUUUGUUGUUUGAAUUUUUGUUUAUAUGUGAAGACAUCAACAAGUAUUUUCUCUUGAAUAUAUGAUUUACUCUUUGAUGGACUUCGCCAAAAUAUACUUGAAAUUAGAAUUACGUUAAUAUUAUUUCUAAGCCUGUGUGAUAAUUUUUUAAAUUAAUUAUAUUUCAUUUAUAAGAAACGAAAGAUAAUGCAAUGAGUCACUUCUCAUAAAACUAUUUGAUAUUGUUUUGUUUUACUUUUUACAAAAAAAAGGGUCUAGUCGUGAUUGUAGUAAAAAUCUUUGUUAAAGAAGGAUAGAGUGUUUAGUUUAUAGCCUGUUAAAAUUUUAACUACUUAUUGCUCUUGCUACGCGUGUUUAUACAGCAAAGUGUCAGGCCAGAGUACAACACAAUACUGAACUGCUUGCUUAUCAGUGCAGUAGUGAUUUUAUCACUUUGGAAAGAUGCAGGAAGAGGUCAGAAGAAUGUGAAAUAGUAUUGGCGAUUGAUAAAAGUUUAAUUAAUCUUAUGCAUCUUUAUGACUCGUAUAUAAAUCUCUAGACUAUGUUGGUUACUUGGAUCAAAUAUUAUAAUUUUGUCCUUCAUUAUUGUUAAACAAAAUUAAAUCUCACAAUGAACUACUUUAUCAAGCUCGAAAAUAUCGGUUGUUAACCGACAUCAUUAAAUUACAAACACGUCAAGCAGUAAAAAACUAAAACAACCCCGAAAAUAACGUAUAUUUUUCUUUCUGCAUAAGUAUUUGCAAACAUGUAUCAAGUUUGUUGAAAUAGUAAAAUGUACCAUAUUUGUAAUUUACGUUUUCAGAAACCACUCUUCAAAGAAGUUCAUAUUCCUAAAUAAAGAAAUACAGACGUUAUUAAUGAAAUCUUAUUUUUUAUAAAUACAAUUUUUUAAAGACAUUAUUGUGCUAAGUGAUGUAGAAAUUGCAUGUUUUUCUGAAAGCUAUGAAAAAGUGAAUUGUGAAAUACAAGUAGUAUUUAAUUAGCUAAGUUUUUCUCGUUUUGAUGGAUUUUCUUGAAAACUGCCUUGUUCGUUUUUAGAGUAUAUUCUAGGUUAACGUAAACUAUAGUUGAAAAAAUCUUCAAAUUUAAACCUAAUUAUAUCUAUAAUUGUUUUGCUUUGCAACAUUCUUAUCAGCCUUUACGAUCUUCAUAACUUUAUACUUCAUCAUGUAGUUUUGUACUUUUUGUUUAGAUUAUUUGUAUCGAACCUUUUAUUUAUAAUUUUGAAUCAGUUAAACGAAAAAAAUAAUAAUAAUAGGGUUUUAGUAAUUAUACUUACGCAAUUUAGACAGCUUAACGUUUCAUGUUGAAACAAAGCAGUGCUUUUAUCACGUAAUCAUUACAAAUGUUACUAAUAAAAAUAUUGAGAUAAAUUAUUCAGGAAAAAUGCCAUAGACAAUGGAAUUAUUGACAAGACGAGUUUGUAAAACAAAAAUCCAUGAGCUUUAAUUACCGAUGUUGUGCUUACGUUGUUAAUGUAUAUAAUAAUGUUAUCUAUAUGCAUAAUUCUACACUCUCUUUAUGAUAUAUAUACUCAAAAGUAGCUGUUUUAAAAUCACAUUUAAAAAUCUAUCCAUGCUCGUGUUUUCACUUGUCUGGUUCAUCAUAUUAACUUCUUCAAAACAUCUACGCAUGCUUUUGGGAAUGAGGUUCUGAUUGGCUGGAGGGAUUGCUGACGUUAUGUUUCACUAUCCAUCACAGAAAAACAGAUGGAUAUUUUAAAUUAAUGGGCUUUAUUUUUCAGAAUAUUCUCAUACCACAUUCUUUGUUGGUCUGUUGAGGGGAAGAAAAGGUUGUAUGUACAGAGAAUGCAAGAUAAAAUAAAAAAGUAGUCUUUCUUAUGGUAUUAAAAUGUAUAUUAAACUCUUAUUCAGCCCUUUUCAUAUGGUUUUAGUUUUGUUGUGCACGUGUUUCAUUAUCAAUUGCACACCCUAAGAAAUUAUAUUUUAGCCCAAAACAAUAAACUCUUGUUUACCAUUUAUAUGACAAACUAUCUAUUAUAGACAAAAAACAUAUUUAGCAAAUAGUAUAGAAAAAACUAUUUAACUUUAUUAGAAAUUCUGAGCCAAUCAGAGCCUCAAAAUUUAUUAUUUACUUUAGGAAGUAAACUAACACCUCUAGAGGUGGCUUGACACUUAAUAAACUUUGAUUAAGAUACUCAUUUUGUGGUCUUAAGACAUUGUAUUGACAUAGUACAAAGUUGAUAGAGGAUUCUAGUGAUGGAAUGUCAACAAACAAAUAAGUUGUACAAAUAAGUAAUAAGUAUGCACGUAUGUUUGUGUACACUUUUGAGAUUAUGGUUUGAAAAUUGCGAUUAUCAUAUGUAUAUUGUUAAACAUUAAUUUUGAUUUGAUAUGAUAAUCAAAGUUUUCUGGAAGAUCUGGACAAAUGCAUGUACAGCUUAUAUGAUUGUUGUAUAUGACUGAAAUGUAAAAGAUUUAGAUGUGAUCCAUAUGAAAUGUUAUUCAGAGUGAUAUUUUUGUCAUUUAAUUACACAUUUCCUUUAGCCUUAUUGAGUGAUUGUCUCAUAUAGAAUGUAUAUUCAUUCCAAAUAAAGAUAUUAUGAACUUACUGA